AUGGCGUCGCCCGUCUACCACCCACUGCGUCUCGUCCUGGCCCCCAACCUCCCCGUCGACAUGCCGCUGCCCGACGGCUCGUGCAGCUCGUCCGCCUCGACUCCCGAGCCCGACACCACCGCCGCCGCCGCACACCCGCCCAAGCGCAAGGGCGGCCGCAAGCCGAUCUACGCCACGUCCGAGGAGCGCAAGCAGCGCAACCGCCAGGCCCAGGCCGCCUUCCGCGAGCGCCGCUCCGAGUACAUCAAGCAGCUCGAGGCCACCAUCCAGCGCCACGAGGACGCCCUGCGCGCCCUGCAGCAGAACCACCGCGCCGCCGCCGACGAGUGCCUGAUGCUGCGCUACAAGAACUCGCUGCUCGAGCGCCUGCUGCUCGAGAAGGGCAUCGACGUGCACGCCGAGCUGCGCCUGAAGACCACCACCACCACCGCCGCCGCCGCCGCCGCGCCCGCCAACGCCCUCCCCGCCGCCCAGCGCCCGCACCAAAAGUCGCCGUUCGCCCGCCCGCCGCCCUUAGCCCACCCCGGCGGCUUCAGCGCGCCCGCCGCCGCCGCCGCCCUCACACCCGUCUCCAUGAACUCGCCCGAUAGCAACCCCACCCCGCGCCCGCCCAGCAACAGCAGUGCAAGCGGCCCGGCCCGCAGCCAGGCGCCGUAUUUCAUGGUGCCGUUCCAGAAGCACUACGACCCGCUCGAGCCCGAAUACGACCCUCCCCAGCACCAGCACAGCAACAACCACAACCACAGCCACGCCGACUGCCCCCCGUCAUCAUCCUCGCAUAACCCCACCACCACUCCCUUCGGCCUGCCGCGCCCUAAUAGUAAUAAUCACAAUAAUAACCCUCCGCACCCCGACAUCCUCGCGCAGCUCGGCGACGACGGCCUGGGCUCGCUGAGCGCCUUCGUCGACCACUUCGACCCCAUGCUGGACGCCGACCCCUUCGGCCUGAGCGCCAGCAUGCACUUCCACACCCCACUCAGCUACACCCAGAGCAACAUCCGUUGA